AGAUUCAAAUUUCCCUAGGUGUAGUACAAAUAUGACAACAUUCAAUUUUUAAUACCAGCAUAUUAGCAAAUAUUAGUGUUCUAAUUUGCUGAAAUUAUUAAGAAAAGACAAUACUAAGAAACGAUACGUUUGCCUUAAUAUAUUUAUCUUAUACACAUAUUUAUUUUGAUAAAGAAUUAAUAUAUCAUGGAUCUGAAUCCCUGUGUGACAUACCAAAGUGAAUAUUUAUAAAAUCCAAUAAAAAUUAUUAAGUUUGUGAAACAUGUUUUGCACAUGAAAAUUAUUCAUUUCGCUAAAAUAAUUUAAGAUAACAUUAAGACAUUUACUUUUUACUCAAUUGAAGAUUGCUUUUAUAUAAUUUAUCUUUUAUGGCAAUUUUAUACUUUAUUUCAAUCUUGCAUAGUUUGGUUAAGUUCCAAUGACAUAAUCUUUCUUUCUUGACAAACGUUUAAAAUUGUAAUCGAACAUACACAAUGUCCGAAAAAGAAGGAAAUGAUGUAACUAUAACUGAAAAAUCUGAGGAAAUGGGAGAAAAUUUAACAAACGAAGAUGCACCUGCUAGUCUUGAAACAAUACCUUCAGAAACACCAUUAGUGCGAAAUGGAGUUCAAGUUGCUUCAAAGGAUAGAGCAAAAAUUGAUAUUUUGUUGAAAGCAACUGGAAACGCACCGAUAAUGAAACAAAAGAAAUGGUCUGUCAGUCAAGAUUAUUGCAUUGGUCGGAUUUCUGAUUUUAUCAGAAGAUACCUUAAAUUAGAUUCUAAUGAAAAACUGUUUCUUUAUGUAAAUCAAACAUUUGCACCUGCACCAGAUCAGAUAGUAAAAAACUUGUAUGAUUGUUAUGGUGCAGAUGGAAAAUUAAUACUUCACUAUUGUAAAAGCCAAGCUUGGGGUUAAGUGUUGCUUCGAAAUAUAAUAAUUUUAUGAAUUAUCACAUAAAUAUAUUACAAACAUUUUAAUACUUUCAUCAUCAUUUACUUUCUUAGGUAUUAGAUAUAAAUUCUAUUCAAUAAGUAUUCAAUGAGUAUUUCAAAUUUAAUUAUGGAUAAUAUAACAGAUUUCAUGGAAUGUCAGAAAAUAAGGUGAAGAUACCAUAAAAUACUUAUUGUAACUAUUACUAUAAUUAUAGAAAAUGAUCUAUAUUUGUUAUUUGCUUCCUAAUCCUUUUUGUUUCCUCUUUCUUGUUGAAAAAUAAUUAUGCAAGAAAGAAGUAAAUAUGUUAAAUAAGAAAUAGAUGAUUUAUUCUUAAAGAAGAACAUUUAUAAAAAAAAUUGUUCUUUCUCUCUAUCACCAUUUGUAUGCAUACAUAACAUCAUUGAAUCGUUUUGUACCGACAGGUUUUAUGUGAAAUACAAUGCGUUUAUGGUAGUGUUGAACAAUUCAAUGAUAUUGUUCACACAAAGAAGUGAAAUAUCUUGCUUUAAAAAUAAGAUGUGAAUGUUUCUAUGUGGAAUCAUAGUCAUCGAAUUUAUCGACAAUUAAUUUUGAUUUAUUAUGAGAUAUUCGAGUAAUUGGUGAAUGUGUAUUGUAGUUUAUGUAGUGUAUUAUUUACAAUUUGGUUUACACACGUCAUCCGUUUUCGAUGGGCAAGGUACUGAUGUUGGUUCUAGCGUGUGUUUGGUAUCAUCUUUAAUCAGUGCAAUCGAUGUUUCCGAAAAGGGGUAUUCCCAAAGCAUUAUAGCACCGUCUGCACUUGCCGUAACAAUAAAUUUAUUGUCUGGAGCAAAGACACAACGAGUAACGGCAGCAGCGUGUGCAAGUCCCAAACGAAUAGUACUAGCGGUACGAUAUUCCCAUAGUUUUACAAUAGAAUCUUCUGAUCCAGUGAGAAAAUAUUGCCCAUCAUGACUAAUACUUAUAGUAUUUAAGGUCCCAGCCAUCGAACCUUCAAUUUCCCGAACCAAUGAACCAUCCAAUGUUUCCCAAUAAGCUAUUUUGCGAUCUGUACCACAUGUUAAAAUUUGAACGCCGGUAGGAACAAAACAUGUUGCCAUAUACAUUGUGCUUCCGCUUAGCAUGAACUUCCUCGUGAAAUUUCUAAAGAAAAAAAUGAAUAAAAUCGCGUAUUGUAUAAUAGAUAUAAGAGUUAUCAUAGUGUUGAAUUCUUUAUUAAUGUUGAAGUCUUUUGUGUACAGGGUGUAUAAAAAGUGUAAAAUAUAUUGUAGUGUAACUUUGAACUUCAAGAUCGGCGAAGAUUUGCAAAAAGUUCGUGUAAAAUUGACCUUAAGCAUGAUUUUUAAGGUCAACAUUUUUUUAGUUACAUGGUACUCUACCUCACUAUAGCUGACCGGUAUACCAAUUUUUAAACGAAAUGUUUUAAACAAGACGGAUAGGACAUAGACCUGCUUUUCACAUAUGGCCUCCUUGUUCAUAAGAUUUGACGGCAACGGAUCUUUUUCUUUUAACGGAUUACGUCCGUUAAACAGCUACAACAUCCGAUUGAAUGUGGUUUUUGCCAUGCAGAAUCAAUACAUAAUCUUGGGGAAGAAUUGACGGAGAUAUAGAAAUGCAAAUUCGGGGCUAUUUAAAUAGACAGUAAGAGAAAAAGAAAUAAAGAAAGAUAUAAAAUAUGUAAUGGUGAAUCUAGAGCAUCUAUGUGUAACAAUAGGUGCUACUUUUUGGUGGUAUAUCACUGUAGUAUGUAAGCACAUUGUGUAUAAAGCUGAUUUAAGAAUUAUUAAAACUUUAACAUUUUUUUCCGGGAGAAGAAGUCAUUUGCGACUCAUGGUUCCUUUGAAACUUUUAUUGUUCGCGAUGAAUAGAAUGUGCUACAAUAAAAAAGGCUUUCACCUUGACAAUCAUACUCAGUCAAUUUUGCAUGAACCCUUUUUUUACAGAUCUAUACCGAUCCAGAGGCGUACAAUCACGCUACGGUGAUUUUUACACUUACUUUUUAUACACUCUGUACAUUAGUUUACAAUCUUUUGAUUAAAUUGUACCAAGUAUCCAAAUACUUAUGAAUAACAGUUUAGGUUUAUAAUUUUUAUGUUUGCCGGAUUAUUACCUUAUAUCCCAUAAUAUACAUGUACCAUCUGUGCUAGAACUGAUCAAACUCUUGUUAUCAGGUGAAACAUGUAAUGACGUUAUUGGACCUCUGUGUUCUUUUAGGACUUGCAAUAAAUGUCGUAAUUCAGAUUUUGCAUUCCAUAUUCGCACCUAAACGAAGGUGUACGUUUCAAUAAAUCGAAAUUGAAACAUUGCUCUAACAAAGAACAACAAUGAGCAUUCUAAUUCGAAAAUUUAAGGAGGUAUAAAGUUCGUAUACCUGUCCAUCACAACCACCGCUAAUCAGUUUAUCGUCAUCUUUGGUAAUAGUGAUUGUUGACACAGAUUUUGUGUGAGCGCAAUUAAUUUCGAAUAGUAGUUUUCCGCCAUUCAAAGCAAAUCCUCUUAUCGUACCAUCGUUCCAAGCUUCCUCCAAUAGAUUAACGCAAAUUAAAUUAAGCAUGAUAUGUGGCAACGUACAGUAAUGAACAAAAAUAUUGGCAGAGAUCGAAUUUUCCUGUGAAAUUUUAUGAAAUCUGAAUUUUAAUUACCUACUGUAUAAUCGAUAUAACAGUCGUUCUAGAACUGUUUAAGAAAUAAAUAACAAUAUUUUGCAAAUAAAUAAAAGGCGAUAUAACGAAUCGUAACCGAAACAGAAAUUUUAAUUCCUUAUAAGAAUUAUGCUAUUUCUCAUAUUUUAUAAAAAAGUUGAGUAAAGAAUCGUAUUUUGUACAAAUUCACUUAGAAGUUCACGAAAUGAGUUUGGCUGCGUCAAUACUUUUGUUCGUCACUGUAUGCUAUUAACUUACCCGAUAUUAUAGAACCACCAUUACUAUUGAAACAUAUACUGGAACAAGUAAGAUUUGACACGGUGAUUCGGAGUAAUUCUUUUUGGGUGGCCAACUUCCAUAUUCGUAUAUCAUUUUUACUAGCGGUUGCAAAUAUCUCUGAACUAUUGCUACAAAAAUAAUAGGAUUUUUAUGCACUUUGUUUCCCCUUUGUAUCUUUUAUAAAAUACAGACGAGAUGAUUUAAAACCAAAGAGAUGGUUCACUAUGGUAUUAAAAAAUAAGGUCCAAAUAAUGUAAAUAAUCCCAAGUUGUAUAAAAGUAUCAUUUAGAGGCUAUAAAAAUUAACUGCUGAGGGAACUAUACAGGUAAAUUGAAGGCAAAUGGUGCAAGCGAUUUUUUCUCAUAUAACUGUAAUAUAAAUUCAAUCUACUAUUAGUGAGAAGACACUGUUGUUGUGUGUGCAUUAUUAGACUUUAUUUUUAGCUUGUAAAAUGUUAUAGAUUGGUUAUCUUCUGCUGUAAUGGAUCAUUGUCAAGUAUGACAGGUUGUAAAGAUAAGCCUAAUGCAAAUCUAAAACUAUCUCAGUUAUUUAUAUCUGCAAUAAACACAUUUUCUAGCAUUAGCGCGUUUUUAGAAUAUGUUGCUUCGCAUUUUACGUCACUUUUCUCGCAGAACGUUGCUUAUGAAAAAAAUGUUGAUGCUAAAAUGACGCAAGUUGUUUCUCCAAAUCUCGAUACUCAAAUUAAAAGAUGAAACUCAUUAAAAAUUUGUGUAUAUGUCAAACAAAGAAUAUGAUUUAAUUUUCAUAUACACCUCACCUGCAACUUUUUGAUAUUUCUGAAUUUUAAAUAUAAUUUGCUCGACAUAAGAAAAGUAUCAGUUACAUCUCUGCGGUUUUAAGUACCUCAAAUAAAAGUAGCUUGUUAAAUGUAGAAACAAAUGAUUUACCUUGGAAAUGCUAAAUCAUAUAUUGAACUAGUGUGACAAGUGACGAUUAAACGCAUCUGAAAGCUUGAUAAUUCGAUCUCAUAAAUCUCACAUAAGGCGGUUCCUACUAAUACCAAAUUGUUUUGAUAGCGAAUCAUGGACGUUACCAUGGCACACACAUUCGUUGUGCGAUACUAUGCAACAAAGAAAAUUAUUUUUUUAAAUAUUGUUAUUUGUUGUGCUUUGUUGUGGUUUCUUGAUGCAGAGAAUUCAUAUUAGAUAUUGCGUAUGACGUAGACACAAUGGUAAUGAAUACAUUAAGAAUGUGAACAUAAUAUACAUGCAGCAACGGAUGUGGAAUGAUUGAAAGCAAUGUAACCAAUAAAUAGAAUUUAAAUAUUGAA